UUCCGUUGGUAUCUAUCAAAUCAAAUUAAGCAAAACCAAACGAGCGAGGGUUUCAUUCAUUCAUUGAUUCAAACACUCUUUUUCAAUCAAACACUCUUUUUCAAUCCCUUCUCCAACAUCAACAACAACAACACACAUCUCUCUGUUGAUUGAUGGGUCGCCCACCCAGUAACGGAGGCCCUGCCUUCCGUUUCACUCAGCCCGAGGUAACGGAAAUGGAAGCUAUUCUAUCAGAACACAACAAUGCAAUGCCAGCACGAGAUGUUCUUCAAGCACUUGCAGACAAGUUUAGUGAAUCACCCGACCGUAAAGGCAAGAUUACAGUACAGAUGAAACAGGUAUGGAAUUGGUUUCAAAAUAAGCGAUAUGCUAUAAGGGCUAAAUCUAGUAAGACUCCUGCAAAGUUAAAUAUCACGCCCAUGCCUCGGACUGAUUUGACCCCAGGAAGGAUAAUGACUCAACCAACAGCUUCUCCUAUUCCUGCUCCUUCAGCGUCAGUUCAAACAACAGCAAAGGCAGCUCCUGAAAAUUCAGUUAUGGAAUUUGAAGCUAAAUCUGGAAGAGAUGGAGCAUGGUAUGAUGUGGCUACCUUUCUAUCAUACAGACAUUUGGAGAGCAGUGAUCCGGAAGUGCUGGUGCGUUUUGCUGGUUUUGGAUCCGAGGAAGAUGAGUGGAUUAACGUGCGAAAAAAUGUCAGGCCGCGCUCUCUGCCAUGUGAAUCAUCAGAAUGUGUCGCAGUGCUCCCUGGUGAUCUCAUACUUUGUUUUCAGGAGGGUAAAGAGCAAGCCCUUUACUUUGAUGCCCAUGUCCUUGAUGCUCAAAGACGGAGGCAUGAUGUAAGAGGUUGUCGCUGUAGAUUUUUGGUUCGCUAUGAUCACGAUCAAUCUGAGGAAAUCGUGCCGCUUAGGAAGAUUUGUCGGAGACCUGAAACUGAUUACAGAUUACAUCAACUUCAUGCUGUGAAUGAUGCAGCACCCACAGAUCAGCAGAAGAUUGCGUUGGAUCAUCCAGCAAAUGUUCAUGGCGCGAGGGUUACUAAUCCUUCUGAAAUGGUGCAAAAGCAGCAGCAGAUUGCAAAUAUUCAUAUAGUAACACCUGUUUUGCAAACAAAUGUUUCUAUACCACCACAAAGUAUGAAUGUGGAUCCAAUGAAAGCUGAAACAAAAGCUGAUGUUCAAGCUGGAAAUUCUGUCACUCCAAGCUCUGCCGCAUUCACUGGAAUCAUUGCCACUAGCAGUGUUCCUGAAGUCUCUACUCAGAACCUGGCUGAAGGGAAGUAACUUGAAUAUGUUUGUUUAAGGCCUCUGCCUUCUGUGGGGUUCAUUUUUCCAAACCCUAGAAUUUGGUAUAUGCCUUUUCAAACUUCUAACUAGUUGGAUAGUUAUCUUUUGUACAAAAUGCUUGUACAUGUGUUUUUACAGCUGUUUUGUCUGAACUAUGGGAAUUGAAAAGGGUAAAUUACCCUCUCUUUUUUUCUUUUGACAGCAAAUUACCCUCCUUUUUAAGAAGUGCUAUAAUUACACUUCCAUGAUUUUGAAAAUCAUUUUCAGAA